GAAAUGGGUUGUGGUUCUUCUUCAGCUGCUGAUGCGCCAAAAACCGAAACUGAAACACAACAAACAACAACAACUGCAAGUCCAAGAAAUGCCGAAAGUCAACCCAAAGCUGCACCAGUCACACAAACGGAAGCAAAGAGCACAAAACAGGAAGACAGCAAUGAAACAGAGUCUUCUUUCAUUGAUGAUGCUGUGAAAGCACAUAAUGAAUUUAGAGACAUGCACGGAAGUCCACAUAUCACGCAUGCUCAAGACUUAACAGAUUAUUCUCAAAAAUGGGCGGAACAUUUAGCAAACACUGGAAAGUUUGAUCAUAGUAAAUGUGACUUAAAGGGAGAAAGUAUUGGAGAAAACUUAGCAAUGAUGGGCGGUAGUGGAAUUUCAAACAAAAAAGCACGUGAAUAUGUAAAAAUGUGGUAUGAUGAAAUUAAAGAUUAUCACUAUUACGGAUCGAAUCCGGAUAUGGACCAGUUUAUGAAAUAUGGGCAUUUUACACAAUUAGUAUGGAAAGAAGCAAAACAAAUAGGAGUUGGCAUAGCAACAGCGAAAGGCAAAUGUGUAGUUGUGUGCAAUUAUCGUCCAGCCGGAAACAUGAUGGGAGAUUUUGCGGACAAUGUUCCCAAGGCAUUGUAAAGACCCACUAUUCAAAUAUAGAUUUCAAAAAUGGCAGUACACUCUUUUGAACUCUCGAUCAUUUUAUAAUAACAUCAGAAAGUUGACAUUUGGAACAUUCAUACACAUGUCCAUCAGACGCUUUAGAAGUAUGAAUGUGUGAAUACAUUAUUCGUACGUAUGGUACAUUAUUACAGAGCUUGUUGAUUAAUCAAGAUCAUAAUCAGACAUAUUUAUUUAACAUAUUUAUAUUUAAUUUUUUGAAACUUUACUCAAUUUCUGUGAUACUUUUUUUUUUUUAUCUUACUCUUACAAAUAUAUAUUUUAUUUUUUAUUAUUAUGUAUAGAAGUCUUUUUAAUUAUCUUUAUUAUUUUAUCACUCACCUUCAGUAUGCAAAUUCAAUCUUCGACUCGUUUAAGUGCGAGUUAACAGUUUUAGGGCUACAAUUUUGCAUAAUUCUUACAUUAUUAAUUAGUUUGUAGAAUCUGUCAGUCAAAAUGUGUAAGCUCAAUUUAGACAUAUAGCUUAUUGCAUUUAAUAUCUUUUUUUCUUGCGUUGAUUCAUUUCUGUGAUUUCAAAUGUUAUCUAUACAAUUGUUACAUUCUAAGUUAUAUUAUUUUGUUGAUUUAUUUAUUAAAAUAAUAUAUAAUGUUGCCGAA